AUGGCGGAAUACAAAGUCAGGGCUAGGCCGAUCGUCGAUGAAAAAGGAAGCAAUGCUCUUGCGGAGAAGGCAAUGGUGGCGGAGUGGUCCUCUGGCAAAUGCAAUUGCGGCUUGCGAGUUCACGUGCCAUCUCUUAGGCACGGAGGGAGUGGAGCGAAGGGGUUUUCAGCAAGUGGAGGCAAGGCUAAAGGUUUUCUAAGAUCAGAUCCACCGGACGAGAAACUCAAUUCCGCACUGCUGCUGAGUUGUCGGACUUAUCCACCAAGGGAUUCGUGGAAUUUCUAUGGAUUGCCGCCCCCUUUUGGGUAUGCUGGUACUAAGAGUCCUCUCACUACCAACCAGCAGACAUCAUCUGGCUGAGUCUUGCCGGGGAGAUCGGAGCAACAGGGAACGCCUAGAACACGUUUUUCUUCCUGGGCUGCAGUAAGUAGAUCGAGAGGUCGUUCCGCCCCUUGUCCCUGAAGAUGGGUAAUAUGUUCUCAUAAAAUGUUGCUCCAAUCUGACCUAGCUGGCGAGCGAUCCCAGUUCGCGGCAGAGAACAAGACAGCAAGUGAGCGUACCUUUGUUCGCUUCUUCUCCACCAAGCACGGAAGUUUAAGGAUAACUGUAGGUCGGUGGCUACCUAAGGAAACUCCGAUUCGAUCCGCCCCCCGGCUGGGAGGCAUCUACCUCAUCCCGAUCACAAGGAGAGGUUCACCAUGAUGGGGGGUACUUUAUUCUUUUUUCCCUUCCGGAAAGAAUGAAAUGCAUAGGGGACCAUCC